AGCUCGGCUGGCUUUAUAACAACAGAACAAAACGCCAAGCAUCUCCCAGAAGGUUGCUCGGCAAUCUGGCUAGCCAGGCAGGGGAGCCCUCCUCGGGGGAAUCAUGGCGGUGUUCAUUCAUCAGCUCUUCCUCCUAGCUGCAGAUCUAAUGUUUGCUUCGGCGCUCUCCUUUCUCUUUUCUGCCGUGGGCUGCCUGGGGCUCACUGGCCUCGUGGCCUACGUGGUGGUCCUCUCCUUUCGCUCUGGGGUCAUGCAGAAAGCCCAGAAGAGAAUCAGCCGGAAGAAGGAAGCUGUUCUGAGCACGGUGUCUAGCAGCUGUGUGGGACAGACAGCCGGGAAAAUGCUGGGCCUGGUGGGCUCCAGGGGAACGGCUACAGGCUCACGGAGACAGGCACCCGUUCUGGAGGAGGAAUAUUGUUCAGACCUCAAUCUGAAACAGCUCCCAGCUGGUGAGAAGAAAUGCCCGACGGCCACAGAGACUCUGACUGGCAGCCAUCUGUCUCGGACAGAAAUGUCCCGUGAGAUGAAGAAGCAGUCAGGCCUGGUCUGGGAAGAGGAGAGGCAAACAUCACAAAGAGAUGAACACAAAGUGCGUGCGAAGUGGAAGAAUGCUUCUGCAAUACCUGCUUUCCUUCUUUCGCUUCUCUUUGCUCCACCCAACUGGUGCCUGAAGAAGAUGCACCUCCAGCGAUUGACAGCUCUGCUGACCACUCUGAAGAAAUCCGCAGACUGACAGACAGUGAUUUUGAUGUACACACCUCAACAUCCUUCUCUCCAGAGAAAGGCCUUCCGGGAAUUAAACUCUCUCCAUCCCUGGAGCUGAAGAACAGCCUUAUUGAAGACAGGUGACACUGAAGGACAUUCAAGGUGCGAACGAAACUCUUAAGAACUUUUUCUUGCAGAACAAGAGAAUAAAAUUCGGUGCCACGUUCACUUGGAUGUAAUUCAGGGGCAAAAUCCUACUAUUUACAUUUCUCAGUGCAGAUUUUUAAAACGGGACUUUCUCUUUUGCCGCCCUGUUCCUCCAUGAAUUUUUUUUUCCUUUGACGGGACAGAUCCUUCUUGGAGCACCGUUUUAAUACAUUUUUGCAGUAUUGAGAGCAUGCUUAUCAGAAAGGAACUCACACAAGUUUUUUCUCUUUUGGAAGUAAUAAGACCGCAAGUGGAAAUGCUGGGAGAAUCCGACAACUCAGGCCACCCCCGGUUCGACUCUUCCUUCUGCAAUAAAUUCACUGCGUGGCCUUAAGCAAGUUUUAUUUUCUCAAAUGGGAACAAUAUGAUUUACCUUACAAGGUCGUUUUGAAGACGGCAGAGAGAUACUGAGUUGCAGCUCAGGAAAGUCUUAAUGUGAAUCGCAUAUUUUUCCCUGAAUUCACUAGGUGGGAUUAUGCAGUGCCUCUUUGUAUAUAAGCAAGAUGGGAGUAAUUUGAUCCACCUUGAGACUGUUGUUAAGAUUUUGUUACAGGAGCAUUAUUAAGAUUGUAGCAAGGUGGUGACACGCAUGAAGCACGGAAACCAUCUAAAUAUGUUACACCGAUACAAUGUACUAUAUGUCUCCCGUUCAGCAAGGACAAGUUUGGGACACCACCGAUAUAUUUACUUUACAGUGCAUAUAAGAAACAUUGACAAGAGCAGGAGAACUUGGGGUUAUGAAUAUAUUAAACAUUACUGCUCCCUCGCUGA